AUGGAAGCGAAUUUUCCGCAAGGAGGUGUGGUUCGUGGUGGAGCUUCUUCUUAUGGAGGAUUCGAUUUGCAAGGUUCUAUGAGAGUUCAUCAUCCAGAAGAUUCCAUGAAUCAGCAACGACACAAUCCAAAUCCUCGACCACUUCACGAAGGUCUUCCCUUUACUAUGGUUACAGGUCAAAACUGUGAUCAUCAUCACAACUUGUCAAUGACUGAGCAACAUAAAGGUGAAAGAGAGAAUAAUUCAGUGAGUGAUGAUGAUGAGCCAAGUUUCACAGAGGAAGGUGGUGAUGGUCACAACGAAGCUAACAAAUCGAGUAAAGGAUCUCCAUGGCAACGGGUUAAGUGGACUGAUAAGAUGGUUAAGUUGUUGAUUACUGCUGUUUCUUAUAUUGGUGAUGAUUCAACUAUGGAUAGUAGUAGUAGAAGGAAGUUUGCGGUUUUACAGAAAAAGGGGAAAUGGAAAUCGGUUUCGAAAGUUAUGGCUGAGAGGGGUUAUCAUGUUUCGCCUCAGCAAUGCGAGGAUAAGUUCAAUGAUUUGAAUAAACGGUAUAAGAAGCUUAACGAUAUGCUCGGUAGGGGAACUUCUUGUCAAGUUGUUGAGAAUCCUGCGCUUUUGGAUUCGAUUGGUUACUUGAAUGAUAAAGAGAAAGAUGAUGUUAGAAAAAUCAUGAGUUCUAAACAUCUUUUCUACGAAGAGAUGUGUUCUUACCACAAUGGGAACAGAUUGCAUUUGCCUCAUGACUUUGCUUUGCAGCGUUCGCUGCAAUUGGCGCUUAGAAACAGAGAUGAUCAUGAUAAUGAUGAUUCUAGGAAACACCAAAUCGAGGAUUUUGAUGAUGAGGAUCAUAACAGGGAAGGUGAUGAUCAUGAUGAGUAUGAGGAGCACCAUUUCUCGCAUGGAGGUUGUAGGGGAGUUCAUUACGGAGGUGGAAGUUUAGGUGGUGGUCCUUUGAAGAAGAUAAGACAAAGUGAUAGCCAUGAAGAUGCGGAUCAUCCAAAUCACGUUAAUUCUUUGGAAUGCAAUAAAGUCUCUGUAGCUCAAUUGCCUUUUCCUCAAGCUGAUGUGAAUCAAGGUGGGGCAGAGAGUGGGAGAGCAGCUUCGAUGCAGAAGCAGUGGAUUGAGGCUCGGACUCUCCAGUUAGAAGAGCAGAAGCUUCAGAUCCAAGUUGAAAUGCUGGAAUUAGAGAAACAGAGGUUCAGGUGGCAGAGGUUUAGUAAGAAAAGGGAUCAAGAACUCGAGAGAAUGAGGAUGGAGAAUGAAAGGAUGAAACUUGAGAAUGAUCGGAUGGGAUUGGAGUUGAAACAAAGGGAAUUGGGUAUUGAAUUAUAA